UCAGAAGUACCAAAUCCUUCUAUUCUCGAAAUAUCUGAUCUACCUAAGUUGGUUGAUUUCCUUUAUAUUCAGUCUGAAGUACUGAAUCCUUCUGUGCCCAAAAUGUCUAAUCCACCUGAGACGGUUAAUUCCCUUCAUAAGUAUAAAACAGAGCCUGGGCAAGCCCAGAAGUUUUUAGAAUAUGAUGAUGAAGCAGGGUUUAAUCUUAUCUGGUUCUUUGAAAAUUUAGAUAAGGGAACAUUUAAUGAACAUAAAGACAGCUGGGUAUUGAUAUAUAAUCAAGAAGUUAAGAGAUAUGGACCAGAAUAUACAGAAAAGGAGUUAAAUGAUCUUGAACAUGAAAUGCCAGGUGCAAUAUACUUACCAAUAGAUAAAAAACGACGUGAAGAUCUUGUGAAG